CUGACCGCCCCAAGAUGGGGCUGGACAUCAGGUGUUCCAAUAACUUUGGCCAAGGUCGUUACUGUUCAAGGUCAGCCGAAACUUCAACCCUUCCCCGACUGGGCCACCCAAAAACAAGGCGACUGCCGAGCUCUCCAGUAUGUUCAGAGUAUGGAAAUUGACCCCAACACUGGACUGCUCUACGCCAUCGACACGGGUCGAGUUGGGAUCGGGUUUGGGUUGAACCCACUUAAUCUGUGCCCACCGAAACUCGUCGUGUUUGACCUGAAUACCAGACAGGAAGUUGACAGGUACGAGUUUCCGGAAACAGUGGUCGGCAAAGAUACCAACUUUCUCAACGACCUCGCCCUUCAUUACGUCGACGGGCGAGUCAGGUACGCGUACAUCAGUGACGUCAGAGAAGGACGUCUCCACAUUUAUGAUUUCGAGACCCGCUCUGCCAGCAAUCUUGAGGACCUCUCCAUGAAGCCAGAAGAUGGCAACGGAACUAAUAUACAUAUCCACGGGAAAGAUUAUACAUUUAAAAGCGCCAUUGACGGCAUUGCCUUAUCUGCAGAUUUUCAGUAUCUGUACUUCUGUCCACUUGGCGGCUACAAUCUUUACCAGAUUCCGACCUCGGCGCUGACCCCUGGUGGUGAGGCCAGCCCUGCAAGGCCAAGGUCGGUUGGAAGGAAAGUCUCACAAAGUGACGGAAUCGCGUUUGGUACCAAGCGCCUUUACUUCGGAGCCAUGGGGAUGAACGCGUUGUACUACUGGGACGUCGAGAUGGAUCAGCUGAUGCAAGGGGUCGCCACUUCCGCCGUAAAGAUGGCGACGCAGACGGAAGUGGUCCGCAACGGUGCAACCAUGCAGUGGCCUGAUACCUUGGCGUUUGACAACCAGGGCUGGUUGUGGUUCGUGUCCAACCGUCUCCAGCUGUUCGUCACCGGUUCUAUGGACUUCACCGGAAGUGAUGGCGCCAACAUGAGAGUCUGGAAAGUGUUCGUCAAUGAGACGGGUUACCUGCAUGACGCGCACGUACGUACCAGAUCAACUGUUGUUGGGUAG